AUGGGUGAGCAGGCAGCCUUUGGGGGACAGCACCAUGUUGGAGCAGAGGCUGCUGCUCCAUUGCAGUUUGAUGAGGUGCAGCAUGCAGCCCUAGGGCGUCUGCCCACUUGCCUUCUAGAUGCAUCGCCACCAGAUGAAAAAUCUGAAGCAGCUCUUGGCAGAUGUUCUGUAGGAGACCAACCUCUUAUUAAGCACAACGAUUAUCAUUCAGAAGAUUUGGUCAUUGCUGGCAUUUGUUAUCUAUUUUACAUGAUGUCUGAGAAAUUAACAUUCACAAGAAAUCCAUCAAGUGAACUAGUUGAUGACUUCCUGUUGUAUAUGCAAAACUACCAGCACGUCUUGGCUUUGGAAUUUGCAAUCAAAGAAAUCAAUGAGAAUUCCAGGAUCUUGCCUAACAUCACCCUUGGUAUCCAUAUCUCCAAUAGCUAUAACCUGGCAAGAUGGAUCUAUCUGGCUUCCAUGGAGUUCCUCUCUACCAAGGGAAGGUUCAUACCAAACUACAAGUGUGAUUUCAAAGACAAUGUAAUAUCUGUGAUUACAGGACAUAAUGCUUACAUUGGACAUUUCAUGUCAAAUAUUCUGAGCAUUUACAAGAUCCCACAGCUCCUAUAUGGUUCUACUAUGGAGACAGAUGACAACAUACAAGCUGCUUACUUCCAUCAAUUAUUUCCAGAUGAAGAUCUUCAAAUUAUUGGGAUCAUCCAAUUGUUGCUUCACUUUGACUGGAAAUGGAUUGGACUCAUUAUCCAAAGCUCUGAAAGAGCAAAGAGUUUUAUACAGAAUAGGCUUGAUAUGUUUUCUCAAAAAGGCAUCUGUUUUGACUUCAUAGAACAAAUGCCAAGUGACACUGUUACCAAUGACAUUGAGGUUCAACUUAAUGGGUUUUUUAUGAUAUACCAGGUCAUUAUGAGAAGUUCUGCCAAUGUUGUGAUCAUAUAUUGUGAAAAUGAGGCCAUGGCUGCUCUUAAAAUGGUUCCAUUUGUUUCAGAAUAUGUUGACACGCCAGUGAAGAGAAAAGAUAAAGUUUGGAUAAUGCCAGCACAGAUGGAAUUCACAUCAAUCCCCUUUCAAAGAACCAGAGGAGUGGACUUCAUCCAUGGGGCCUUAUCGUUGGCAGUUUCCUCGAAGGAAAUGUUAGGGUUUCAGAAAUUUAUUCAGAUGAGGAAGCCUUCUUCUGAAGAAGAAGAAGCUAGUUUGAUCAGGCUGUUUUGGGAAUAUGCGUUUGAAUGCUCUUUUCCAAAUGCUGGGUUAGAUGAGGACAGUGACAAUGAAUGCACUGGUGAGGAGACAUUGGAGACCCUUCCCAAGGUUUUGUUUAGAAGUAGCAUAAGUGGGCAAAGUUAUAGCAUUUACAAUGCUGUCUAUGCAGUGGCCCAUGCACUGCAAGCCAUGCUUUCAUCUAAGAGCAGAAAAAGAGGACAUUCUUGGGAACUCAAGACUCUAAAUCAACAAUCAUGGCAG